UCCAAACUAUAGAGAUGGAGAUGGUCAACUGACUCCUGCCCCUAAUUUUCAUACUUGUUGACAGAUUUUUUUUUGGUUUUUUUUGGGGGGGGGGGGGGGGGUUGGCAGCGCUCGUUUGCUCUGAAGUCACGCUUGCAUCAGCAAUUGUCAUUGCAAACAGAUGUAAGAUUACAUGACUCCUCAUGCAAACGAAUUCUUCCCCCAGGGCGAAAUAUUCUACGAUGCAAACUAUACACCGCUGUUUAGCAAAAGGAAAUAUAUUCAAGGCCAUUGGCCUCAGAACCAGACGCUCCAACCAUUGACAAUUACGAUUGAGUUGAACAGAUACCGAAAAUAAUUGAUAUUGAAGACCAUCAACAUGUGCACCAAAUCUUCCCCCUCGGGGGCUGAUUGGGACGCUCAGACUCUUUGUACCGAAACGAUCGGCGAGAGUUCAGCUGGGCAUCCUUCCGGUGACAUACCAUCAGAUGAGCCUCGAAACUGUGAUGAGAUCGCCUGCCACUGCAAUGGAUGGACCAAGCUAAAGGAUAGUUCGGAAGGCGGCGGCUACAAAACUAUCGGACUCAUAGCACAUAUCAUCUGUGAUGCGAAAGUGCCGUGGGCGUUCUAUAUCGGCAAAGAGGUGGAGAUCCGUCCUGGAACUUCUGUUGAGAAGCAGAAAGGCCAGAGCCAGAAGACCAGGAACUACGAAAAACAGCCAAAUCCCCACCAGCGUGACGAAACGAGGAAAAACAACAAACAGAACGAAGGAGAUAAAAAGUUGCAAUCAAGUUCCGAUAGGACCCGUAGUGAAGCGCUUUUCGAACCUGGGCGCUUGAGGCAAAGAAUCGAUCGGAGGCGCGGUGCUGUCGACCGUGGCAAACCCUCCAACCUCGAGAAGGAACUUGGAGAUUGAAUCUUCAGUUGGCAUUGAUUGGAGGACUGCUCGCAUAGAGUUUUGAGUUGUAGCGUUAAUUAUUAGGAAAUAAAUGUCAGACGGCGAGUAUGAAAAUUACUUGACACUUGGAUUGACUUCCGUUCGGAUGAAUCAUACUCUUGCUGGU